CUGUAGAUUCAGCUCCUUGCUUUGGAUGUGAAAGAGGUUGCUCCGAGCCCACGAAGGCACAAAUUCGGCCACUUCAUGGCUUCCACAGUAUCUUUUACUCUUCCACUUUCCUAUCACAACCUCCCUAGAAGGCUAUUACCACCUCUUGUUCCGCUCAAUUCUCCCUCGUCUGGAUAUAAAAUCGCUUCUAAUUCGAAAUCUCUCAGCAGAAUAUCAAAUUCACCGUCGUUUCGUGUGUAUGCCGUGACAGAACACGCUGCAGCGUUUCCACCAGCCUCGUCUUCAUCCAAAGUCGUUCUUGUUGUUGGUGGCACCGGCGGCGUUGGACAGUUAAUCGUAGCAUCAUUGUUAAAUCAAAGCAUCAGAGUGCGGCUUAUACUUCGAGAUCUUACGAGAGCAAGUGCUCUGUUUGGAAAACAGAAUGACGAAAAAUUACAUGUAUGGAAGGCUGAUACACGGAACCGAGUGGAGUUAGAUCCAUCCAUGUUUGAGGGCGUAACACAUGCUAUAUGCUGUACGGGAACUACAGCUUUUCCUUCAAGAAGGUGGGCUGGAGAUAAUACACCUGAAAGAGUAGAUUGGGAGGGUGUGAGAAAUCUUGUUUGCGCGUUGCCUCGAUCAUUGAAGAGAAUUGUUCUCGUGUCAUCAAUAGGUGUUUCAAAAUUUAGUGAACUACCUUGGAGCAUCAUUAACCUUUUUGGGGUUCUGAAGUAUAAGAAGAUGGGUGAAGAUUUUGUUUGCAAGUCUGGUCUCCCAUUCACUAUAAUCAGAGCUGGUAGAUUGACGGAUGGACCAUACACGUCAUAUGAUCUGAACACUCUUCUACAGGCAACAGCAGGGGAGCGGCGUGCCGUUCUGAUAGGUCAAGGGGAUAAGCUUGUUGGAGAAGCCAGUAGGCUAGUGAUUGCAGAAGCUUGCUUACAGGCCCUGGACAUAGACUUGACAGAGGGUCAAAUAUAUGAAGUAACCUCUAUCCCGGGCGAGGGACCGGGAAGUGAUCAGGAGAAGUGGGAAGAGUUGUUUAAAUCUGCUAAUACCAAAUAAUCAACUACAAUCUCUUCUACACCUUUCUUCGUGCCUACUUGCAGCUAUUAGUUAUGGCUAGUGAAAGCUCAGAGCCUCGGACAAAAUAUUCAUAUUCCAGCCUAUGUAGGUGACGGUAAUCUCCUUGAGUUCGCCGAUCGUGCAGGGUGAGGGAACAAUCUGCAAAUUUUUGGUGAAGAUCAGCCUCACUCCAGAGUUUCCAGUUUGUGGCUUUGCUUCUUUUUCUGCACUUUUGCAUUUUGUUUUAUUUGUCCGGCACUCCUUAUUUUGUCGAGGGAAGAUUACACUCCUUGUGAGUGGUGUUUUUGUUUGGCUUUGCUUGGAAGGUUAUUCCCAAUUGUUUUGUCUGAGUGAUGGUUCUUGCUUUUUGCUUAUGAUAAAAAUUGUGUUUAUGAGUUCUCUUUGUUAAGACUUAAGAGUAUGGAGAAGCACACGGAGAAAUGUGGCAGAAUCACUAUUGAAGAGGAAGAAGAUAGAGAGCUUGUUUUCGAAUCGGUAGCGGUGGUGGGGAGCGAGGAGGCAGUAAAUAUGCCGAGGUUCAUGGCGGGACUCGGGUUGUGACAGACAAGCAUAUCUGUCUGAUUGCAUUUCGAGAAACAAUGAUGAUGGUUUGGCGGCUGUUCAAGGGAGUUAGUAUUGAGAAUAUCGGUGACACGAAAUUCUUGAUCCAAUUUUACCACGAAGGGAAUAUCAACCAGGCUAUUCAGGAGGGACCAUGGUCUUUUGAAUGGUGGUGAUGAAACGGCUUGGGUGGGUUUAUAGGCCGCUCAAAGCGGAACUUGAUCAAGCUGAUUUUUGGAUCCAAAUACACAAUUUACCCUUGGAGGUUGCGAGCGCUUGGACUCCUUGGAGGAGCAUGCAGGUCCAUUAUUCGCAUACGGGUAACAAUUAAUAUAAAAAAUGAGAUGAGAAGAUUAGACAAUAAGGGAAAAUUUGGUUUUGGGCAUACUUUUGAUAUGAAAGACCCCCACUCGUUUAUAAUUUUUUUUAAAAAAAUUGUACUACAGUAAUAGCAAAUGGCCAUAAUUACUAUUUGAUGGUUAAUUAUUUUU